AUGGACUUGUCUCAAGACACCGACGACCUGCUCGCCAAUUUCCCCCAUUGGGCAGCCCUGCGACACGCUCUGGCCGAGAACAACAAGGACCCGCAGCUCUGGGGCGAGCUCGUGUCCUACGUCGAGGGCCUGGUAGCCACUCAGCUGAACACGCUCAAGACCAACCCCCAGCUGUGCGAGCUGCUUGCGGACGACUUUCGGUCACUUCUGGCGCGGUUUCCGUAUCUGACGGAGUUCUGGAAACGGUUUGUCGCCAUUGAGUACUCGAUCGAGGGCCUCGAAGGCUCGGUGGCCAUUCUAGAAGAGGCAAUCGCCAGCUUCCCCAGCUCCUGCGAGCUCUGGGUCGACUACCUCAACGUUGUGAUAUCAAACAACCUCAAAGAUGAGCCGCAGGUGCGAGACCUGUUUAAACGAGCCGUUGCGCACGUCGGACGACAGUUUCUGUCGCAUCCUGUAUGGGACCUGUAUUUGGACUGGGAGUCCAAACAUGCGGGAGUCACGGCUUUGGAGUACGUCCAGAUCCUCCUUCAGGUGGUGCAGUACCCCUUGCACCAGUACGCGCGCUAUUUCGAGUCUCUGUACGAGAUCACGUCGAAUUUCACUAUCGAGGACCUGAUUCCGGCUGAAAAACUGCACUCCCUCAUGGAAUCGAGCUAUCCGGGAAAACAACUCCAAGACCUUGAUGCGGAUCAAGUGAAGGACCUCAGCGACUCCUACUUCAACGAGAUAUUCACCUCCUGUUACACACGCGUCACAGAAAGAUGGGAAUACGAAAGCCAGCUCACCAAGCAGAACUUCGACCUGCUGCCUGUGUCGGACGACGACAUGGCGCGCUGGAUCAAGUAUCUGGACUUUGAGGAGUCCAAGGGCGAUGUGGAGCAGAUCAAAAGUCUCUAUGAGCGGGCACUGGUGCCAACUUGCUCGUACGAGACCAUUUGGCUCAAGUAUUUGCGCUACCUCAUUCGCAACAGCCAGGACACCGAGUACAUCGUGUCGCUGUUCAACAAAGGCUGCGACGUCUUUGUCAGCGCCGACCAGCCUACCAUAAGGUACAUGUAUGCCAAGUUUUACGAGCUGAAACUGGAACACCACGAAAAGGCCCGUCAAAUAUACAUCAGCAUGAUCGCCGCGCACCCCACCGAAACUUACCCGAUUGCCCGCUAUGUGCAGUAUCUGUGUGGGAGACUCGGCAAUGAAUACACUUGUCGACAGCUUCUCAGGUUGCUGGACGUGUACACGGAAAAGACGACGGACGAGCUGGACGCAGACUUUGGCGAGCUGCGGUCGGUGCUGAACAUGUGGAACGCUGCGAACUUGGUGGUGGAGGCGGCGCGCAUACAGUGGGUCCGACGCAAGGACGUCAGGGCCGCGCGCGAUGUGCUGUUUGCGUACUUCAAAACAGAGCUUGUUCGGUGCUCUGUUGCGUUCUGGACGUUUUUCUUCAAGUUUGAACUCGCCCAGAAAAACACGAAAAACCUCGCCAACAUCGUCAACAAUGUCAAGUACUACGGCCAGUUGCCCACGACGUGCAUCAACCAGCUACUCGACGAGUACCGAGAGCAUCUGUUUAAAACUGGCAGUCUGGAGCAGCUGCAACCUAACCGCGAGCUCGUCCGGCUGAUACUGGAGACGGACAUCGAGUCGUCGACGCAUAUGAAACAUUUUCUAAAAGCACGGCUGAGCGCGAACCGCGACGAAGACCCGGUCAACAAGCGGCUGAUCAAGGAAAACGGCCACCCGGGCGUCGUUUCCGAGUACCGUCCACGGCUGGUCAACCCUAUCGAUUUCGACGCGUCGAUUAUGGCGCAGCGCGACGCUGCGCAGAUGCCGCGGUUCACCAACGUCGAGCGUGCAACCAUGCCGCUCAAAUACCUGCAGAUGGACGAAACGAACUAA